GUCAACUUCAACAAAGAAGAAAGCAGUGAAAGAAAAAGAAAUAUAAAUAAUAAUAUUUAUUUUAUUUUAAAGUUUAUUAGCUAUGGAAGUUAAAGUUGAAAUUAAAACAGAGUUCCCUGAAUAUGAUCAAACAUGUACAGAGGAUCAUCUAUCGACAUCAGUGGAUAUCCAGGACUUAAAGAAUGAACCAGAUGAAGAUCACUCAGGUUGUCUCCAGAAAAAGGACAAAAUGAACUUUCUGAAAACAUCAACUGAACAUUCAUCUCAUAAAGAAGAUAUGGGUACACAUGCUGACGAAAAACUAUUAAAUAAAAAUAUAAAAGUUCAGACUAAAAAAGGACCUUACAAAUGUCAAAUUUGUUUAAAACAAUUUUCUCAGCGAAAUAAUUUGAAAAUACAUUUGAGAGUGCACACUGGAGAAAAGCCUUAUAAGUGUGAAAUUUGUUUUAAGCAAUUUAGUCAAGUUGAACAUUUAAAAACACAUUUAAGAGUGCACACUGGAGAAAAGCCUUACAAGUGUGAAAUUUGUUUAAAGUCAUUUAAUCAGGCAGUCACAUUAAGAAAACAUCACUUAAGCAUCCACACUGGAGAAAAGCCAUACAAGUGCGAAAUUUGUUUUAAGCAGUUUAACUAUUCAAGUAAUUUGAGAAGACAUUUGAAAGUGCACACUAGAGAAAAAUCUUACAAGUGUGAAAUUUGUUUUAAACAAUUUACUCAUGCAUUCAGUUUGAAACUACACUUACAAAUGCACACUGGAGAAACGCUUUACAAGUGUGAUAUUUGUUUUAAACAAUUUUCUAGCUCCAGUAAUUUGAAAACACAUUUGAUGACUCACACUAGAGAAAAACAUUAUCAAUGCGAAAUUUGUCUAAAGCGGUUUACUCAAAAAGCUCAUUUAAAAUCACAUUUUAGAAAACACACUGGAGAAAAGCCUUACAAGUGUGAAAUUUGUUUUAAAGAGUUUGCUUACGCAUGUAAUUUGAAAAAACAUUUAAGAGUGCACACUGGAGAAAAGCCUUAUAAGUGUGAAAUUUGUUUUAAGCAAUUUAGUCAAGUUGAACAUUUAAAAACACAUUUAAGGGUACACACUGGAGGAAAGCCUUACAAGUGUGAAAUUUGUUUUCAGAAAUUUACUCGAGCAGAAAGUUUAAAAAGCCACUUAAGAAUUCACACUGGAGAAAAGCCUUACAAGUGUGAAAUUUGUUUUCAGACAUUUACUCGAGCAGAAAGAUUAAAAAGCCACUUAAGAAUUCACACUGGAGAAAAGCCUUAUAAGUGUGAAAUUUGUUUUAAUCAAUUUAGUCAAAAUGAACAUUUAAAGAAACAUUUAAGGACACACACUGGAGAAAAACCUUACAAGUGUGAAAUUUGUUUUAAAGAGUUUGCUUACGAAUUUAAUUUGAAAAGACAUUUAAAACUGCACACUGGAGAAAGGCCUUAUAAGUGUGAAAUUUGUUUUAAGCAAUUUAGUCAAGUUGAAUAUUUAAAAACACAUUUAAGGGUACACACUGGAGAAAAGCCUUACAAGUGUGAAAUUUGUUUUCAGCAAUUUAAUCUAGCCGAUUAUUUGAAAACACAUUUAAGAAGACACAUCGGAGAAAAAUAUUUCAAGUGUGAAAUUUGUUUGGAAGACUUUGCUGAAGCGUGUAAUUUGAAUGCACACUUGAUGAAAAACCAUGCUGAAGAAAAACGUUUACUUUUUAAAAAAAGUGCAUUUACAAGUGUGAAGUCUAUUUUAAGCAAUUUACUCAAGCCAUCAUCAUCAUAAGUGGCUCGACAAUCCGUUGUGGAUCUUAGCCUGCUUACAAAAAGUCGCCACUCCUGUCGAUUUCUGGCAACUUCUCUUUAGAAGCUAGGACAAUUAAUCCCCGGACAAAAAAUCCCCACAAAUUAUCCCCGGACAAAUAAUCCCUACAAAUUUUUUUGGACAAAAAUCUUCGGACAAAAGAUCCCCGGACAAAAAAUCCCCAAGAAAUAUUUGCUGCCGAAUAGGUCUCUCAAAGUUUUCCCGAAAUUUUACCAAAUUUCGAAUUCCAAUUCCAUACUGAACUUCAAAUUUUACAUGACA